GGGCUUUCCGCCCUCAGUCCCUCCCUCCACGCAGGAACUUCGGCGCUGGCCCGGAAGUGACACGUGAGAGUGGAGGGGGAAAUCUUUGUAGAACUGAUGCUCAGUUUUACCUGACUUCUGUAUGUUGUCAUCUUGUGCACUCCUGGUCCCUACCAAAAUCCGUCCCCUGAUCUGCAGUUCUUCCCGUUCCUUCAUGGAUUUGAAGGCUCUUCUUACCUCCUUGAAUGACUUUGCAUCCCUCUCAUUUGCUGAGAGUUGGGACAAUGUUGGAUUACUGGUGGAACCAAGCCCACCCCACACUGUGAACACUCUCUUCCUAACCAAUGACCUGACUGAGGAAGUGAUGGAGGAGGCGCUGCAAAAGAAGGCAGAUCUCAUUCUCUCCUACCAUCCACCGAUUUUUCGACCCAUGAAGCGCAUAACCUGGCAAACCUGGAAGGAACGCUUGGUAAUCCGGGCCCUGGAGAACAGAGUCGGAAUCUACUCUCCUCACACAGCCUAUGAUGCUGCGCCCCAGGGAGUUAACAGCUGGUUGGCAAAAGGACUUGGAGUUUGCACCUCCAGGCCGAUACAUCCUUCCAAAGCUCUCAACUGUCCAACGGAAGGAACGCACAGAGUAGAAUUCAGCGUCAGCCACAGCCAGGACCUGGACAAAGUCAUGGCUACAGUGAGAGGAAUUGCCAAUGUUUCUGUUACAUCUCUGUCAGCUAGGACAGAUGAAGAAGAAACGCGGGUCAGUCUGAACUGUAAUCAGCAGGCUUUGAUGCAGGUGGUAGAUUUUCUUUCACAGAACAGACAACUUUAUCAAAAGACUGAAAUUCUGUCACUGGAAAAGCCUCCGCUUCUGCGUACUGGAAUGGGACGAUUGUGCACCCUGGAUGAAUCUGUCUCCUUGGCAACCAUGAUUGAACGAAUCAAACAGCACCUCAAGCUGCCUCAUGUUCGCCUUGCUCUUGGGGCAGGGAAGACUUUAGAUUCUCAAGUGAAAGUGGUGGCUUUGUGUGCGGGCUCAGGGAGCAGCGUUCUGCAGGGCACAAAGGCUGAUCUGUACCUCACAGGUGAGAUGUCCCAUCAUGAUGUUUUGGAUGCUGUGUCUCAAGGAAUAAAUGUUAUCCUUUGUGAACACAGCAACACUGAACGAGGCUUUCUUUCUGAUCUUCAAGAUAUGCUAGGUGCCCACUUGGAGAAUAAGAUUAAUAUUAUCCUGUCAGAAAGAGACAGAGACCCUCUUCAUGUAAUAUAACACAUACAGGAACAAUAGAAUGACACGGUCUACAAUUUGAUUGGCUCUCAACUUCAUUGCACGACACAAUAGUGCAGUUGCUGUUCUGGGAGAAUGUCUUAGGUGUACAUUGUGAUCAUAGUGUAGUAUAUAUCGUGUUGGGGCUGGACUGAGCUACCACGGCGAGCCCAUGUGUACUGUACCGUACUAUGGACAGGAACAUAGGGACCCAUGAAAAUGGGCGAGAUUUCUGGUGUGUCCUGACUGGUUUGGAUGAAGCUGAACAUUUUCCCCCUUCAAGCUGCCUUCAGAAAAAUAAUUUCAGUAUACUGAAAAGAGCAGUUUUCCUUCUCUCACAGAAGCCUGGCUGGUCUUUGACAUGCAGAUGGUGUUAGCCAGGCCUGACCUUUGAUAUUGUAAAUUGUAGGCUCUGGCCCAGCCUAGUCUUUGGGAUGCAGAUUCCAGGUGCAGGGCCCAGUUUUGUCUUUGGGAUGUUAAUCGAAGUGCUUUUAGCCCAAGGGAGGUUUCAGUUUUGGUUUUGCAUCUUCUUUCCGGAGGCCUAGAUUACUGGCCUGCAGAUAAAGGAAAUAAUGUUGCCUCAAUGUUCUUCCUGUAACAUCUUUUGAUGCCACUGUAUUGUGCCCUUUAGGGGUACCAUGAUCAAUAAAAGGAGGUCCACGAGGCCCUCUGCUUUUGCUAAGAGCCAGAGAGAGCCUUAGUCCUCCAAUCAAUACA